AUGAUCGUUUUCGUAUCACUUGUCCCUAAUCUCGAUACAAAGACGCUAGCUUCCGCUAUUCCAAUCACUCUUGGCUUCGUGGGAACAUACGCGUCUCUGAUCCACAUUUUCGGCGCCGGGAAUGACCAGAUUGAUGGAAAAGAACGAUUGGAGACCCCGCGCGUCAUCUUUUCCAUCGCAUCGCGUACCACUGGAUUGCUUAUAGCCGUUUCUGUCAUCAUGGUGUUUACAUGGCCUGCAAGCACACUCGACAUAACUAACGCAACGUUGGCUGGCGCCGGCACAUUAGGCGUGGCUCAAACCUUCACUCGUACAACUAUUGCAAUUAUGAAUCUUUACCAAACAAUAGACUUCAUACCGAAAACGGAAAAAGGCCGCGGGUUACUAGUCGCCUUCGCCCUAUGGCCGGUUUCAUCAUUUGUCCAGCAUACUCCACUAAGCCAGGAUAUAAUUUCCUUGCCUGGACCGUCUGACAAUAUCUCACAUCAUCCAGUCGAACUACUUGUCCUAAAAGCUCAGGAUGGUUUCAGACAUCUUGUCGAUAAGCAAUCAAAGACACUCGAAUCCGCUGAGACUGAGUAUCGUAGAAGAUACUCGCGGCCUCCACCUCCCGGGUUCGCCCAAUGGUUCGCGUAUGCAAAAUCUAAAAACUCCAUUCUCAUCGAUGAUUUUGACAUGAUCAACGAGGAUCUGAAGCCAUUUUGGAAGAUUGCCCCGCAACAGCUUCAUGAGAGUAUUAACCAUGUGUCAAGUUUCGAACAUCUUGCCCUGCGUAAAUGCGGCUUCACCGACGGACGCUUCCAUGGACAAGGCGGCGGCUGGAUCGUUGAGGAUCUUGGAAAACUCCUUCAGGAGGUCUCGCAGGGUAUUCCCAAUGUCGAAUUUGCUUUCGACGUCGUGGACGAGCCCAGAGUUAUCAUCACUGAACAGAUGCUCGAUACUGGAGGCGUGUCAAAGCCCGAGUUCUAUGAUGCCCAUCACCAACCCAUAUGGGACCGCACGACUAGCGUUUGUGCGCACCCUAGCUCUCCUGGAAAAACUUCUAUCAUCCAUGACUAUGGACUAAAUCUGGUCCAAGAUUGGCAUCAGUCGAAGGAUGUUUGUUCCCACCCCGAGUUCAGUCUUAUGCAUGGUUUCUUCUCAUCACCAAUGACUUCCCUUCUCACAGAUGCCCCAAUUCCUGUCCUUUCUCAAGCAGCUCCAACAUCAUUUGGAGACAUAAUGUACCCUAGUCCCUGGUACACAGCAAAGAUGGAUCAAGGAGUUUACAAGGAUGAAGACGACCCUCUCUGGGAGCAGAAAGCCAGGAAUCUAUAUUGGGCAGGCAGUACGACUGGUAGCUACAGCUGGAAUGGCACUUGGCGGCAUUCUCACCGUCAAAGGUUUGUUGAAUUGGUUCAGACGCUUAAUCAAACCAGCCACAUGUACCUCGAAGAGUCCAAGCCUGGGCAGUGGACCAGCUACAAAGCAGUCGAGGAUCACAGCGACUUAUUUGAUGUCAAACUCACUGCCAUCAUUCAAUGCGAUGAUCAAGACUGCGAAGAGCAGAAGAAGUUUUUCACCCUUGGUGAGAAAGAGGAACGAAGCCGGCAAUUUCAUUCCCAAUUCGUGUUUGACGUGGACGGCAACUCAUUCAGUGGGAGAUUUUACACUCUACUGAGAUCUAGAAGUGUUGUACUCAAACAAACUGUCCUACGUGAGUGGCACGAUGAACGUCUCAUCCCAUGGGUUCAUUUUAUUCCCAUCAGUUUAUCCAUGGACGAACUUCCGGAAGUCAUGCGUUACAUGACGAGCCACGAAGAAGGAAGGAGGAGGGCAAAAGAAAUUGCCGAUGCAGGCCGCGAGUGGCAUGGAAAAUUCCUAAGGAAGGAAGACUUUACGAUAUAUCUCUACCGUCUCAUGCUGGAACUGGCGAGAAUUAUGGAUCCGAACCGGCAGGUCGAACAUUGA